AUGGCGAAAUUGCAAUCCACAAUGUUCUUCACAUUGGCUGCAAUCUUGGGUCACUUCAUUGUAGGACAGGCAAGUGCAUUCACUCACAUUGUUGGAGGAAGCCAUGGCUGGCGUGUGCCCGAGAACCAAACCUACUUUCAAGAAUGGGCCAAACCAAGAACUUUCGGCGUCGGUGACCGACUUGAAAAAGUUUCAGUUUUUCCAUCCAGACCUUGUGGCAACAAUGUGGUCAUGGUAAGCAAGGAAGAUUUUGAAGCGUGCACUCAAGACAAAGUGUUUAACAUGUACUACGAGGGACCAACAAUUCUAAACCUCACACAAGUUGGGGACUACUACUUCUACAGUGGCGUUGGGAAGCAUUGUGAGGCUGGUCAAAAGCUUCACAUCACCGUUGGUGACAAAGAGGGCUUUUCCGGCGAUCACUUGCCGUUUAAGUCGUUUUCCACCGAAGAUGAUGCCACCACAGCCGCCACCUCUCCCGUCCCAUCUCAGCUUCCAAAUGCUAAGCAUUCCUCAGCCACCACCAUUCAGGAUGUUGGUGUGGUUUCCGCUAGUUUAUUGUGCUUCUUGCUUUCAUUGUUGAUAUAA